AUGGGAGGGAUGGUGGGGUGGGUGGUGGGAAGUAUGGGAGGAUGGUGGUGGGUGGGAGUAAAUGGGAGGAUGGGUGGGUGGGUGUGGGAUAGGGGAGGAUGGUGGGUGGUGGUGGGAUAUGGGAGGAUGGGUGGGUGGGUGGGGGAGAGUAUGGGAGGAUGGGUGGUGGUGGUGGGAGGAGAGAUGGGAGGAUGGGUGGGUGGGUGGUGGAUUAUGGAAGGAUGGGUGGGGGGGGUGGGUGGGAGGGGAAUGGAAGUUGGUUGUGGUUUUUGUGUUGGGGUGUUGUUUGGGGUGGUGUUAUUUGGGGUUUGGGGUUGUUUUGGGGGUGGUUGGGUGAGGGGGGUGGGGGGGGGGGUGGGUGGUUGGGGUGGGGUGGGUGGGAUUAGUGGUAUUUGGGGGGGGUGGGGGUGGAGGGGGGGUGGGUGGGGGGGGGGUGGGGGGGGUGUGGUGGGGGUGGGGGUGGUGGGGGGGUAUGGUGUGGAUUGGGGUUUGAGGGGUUUGUGGGUGAUGUGGGUGUGGAUGUGUGGUUGGGGGGGGGUGGUUGGGUGUGGUUGGUGUUGGGGGGGGUGUUGUGAUGUGGUUUGGGGGGUGUUGGUUGUGGAUGGUGUUGGGGGGGUGUGUGUUAUGGAGGUGGGUGGGGGGUUGGGAGAGGGGUAG